AUGGAGGCCGAGAUGUACGUCCACCACGCCGAGCCCCUCAGGGCGAACACUGCUACGUGCAUCCCGAGGCUGCGCGGUGGUGGUGUCCGGCGGAGGCCGCGGCAGCACGGCGCUCCUCCCCCAGCGGCAUCCUCCGUGAUGGAACGCGUCCGGGAGGUGCUGCUGCGGCUGGCGAUGCUAUCGGCGGCCUCCUCGUCUCCCAAGGCCGGCGCUCGGCUCCAGCAGCACACGACGGCCGCCGCGCCGACGAGGGCGGCCUCGGUGCGCAUGAGCCCCUCCUACUCCGAGUCGUACCCGAGCGACGCCGUGGACGACUGCAUCGAGUUCCUGAAGCGCUCGGCGGCCGGCAACGGCGGUGCCGCCGUGACGGCCGCUCCCGGAGCUGCCCCGGCGCAGUCGGCCGUGAGCUCGGCCCCGCCGCCGUCGCCGUUGCACGCGUGA